GGGUGAUUUAUUUUAUUUUUCAGAUAGAAUAGAAUAAAACGAAGAAGAAGAAGAAGAAGAAGAAGAAAAAAAAAGAAAAUGAAAAUGUUCAAAUAUCGUUUGACAACUUCUUUAAAUUGAUUACUUAUAAAUUUAAUCACCUGUAUAUUUAAAAAUCAUUUAGAUAAUUGUUCAAAUUGAUAACUGAUAAUUUUUUGUUUUGUUUUAGAAUUAUUUGUAAUGGGAGUAGCAAAAUCCUCACCAUUACGAUAUAAACGUCAGGAAAAUGAAAAUCUUUGGAGUAAAAAUUUUCAAGUUAUCUUUGGAAGAGAAGAUAUUGAUGAUUUACAACAAAAAUUUUCAUCAUCAUCUGUCUGUCAAAAAAGUUCAGUAUCAAUCUCAACAUCCUCGACUAAAAAAUCGACAACAUUAAAAAAUAAUUUACGAAAAUUAUCAUCAACUUCGUCUACAACAUCCUGUGAUUCAAUUUCAUCAUCACCAUCUUCAUCCUCAAAGAAUACUCAUUCAAAUCGACGAUAUUAUAGUAUUCAAAUUGAUAUACCCAUAAUAACUUCAACAACCGAACAACAAUACAAUGGCAUGAAAUCAUUUUUAGAAUUUGAAUCGUCAACAUUAGCUCGUAGUCUAUUUCAGCAUGGACCCUACGGUACACAAUUAGUGGAUAUUCAACGACUACCAGAAAAUUCAAAAAUAAAACUAACACAUCCCGUACUAAAAUUAAAUGCUAUUUUUUAUAAAUAUCAAUCGGAUGAUGUACUUAAUUAUAAAUAUACUCAAGAAAUAUUUGUAGAAAAAAUUUUAUUACCGAGAAUACAAUCACGAAAACAUACUGAAGAAAAUAUUAUUCAAAUUUUACGUAAAAUUUUAGAUCGAAUUGAAAAUGAAAAUGGUCGAUUAUUAUCGAUAUUAUCAUUUUCAGAUACACACGUACAAGAUGUAAUCGAUCAUGUUGAUUCAGAUUAUUCAAUAUUAUCUGAAGUUGUCAAAAAAAAAUUAUCAAGUCCACAAAAAUAUGAAAUUGUAUUGUCUAAUUCGAGUUCAACAACAAACACGACAAUUUUCAUGUCCGAAAAUAUAUUCGAUUAUGCAAGUGAAUGGUUACAACCAUUUGUCAAAUAUUCUAAAUUAGGUUAUCGUCUAUGUAGUAUCAUUAUUCACCGUGAUACUCCAUCCAUCUCUGUUACACAUAAUUUAACUAAUGAUAAUGAUGAGUUAACAACAAGAAAAAAGUUAACAUUUAUCGUUUAUUGGAUAUUUGAACAGAGUCAACAACAAGAAGAAUAUGAAUGUUGUGUCAUUGAAUAUCGUUUUAAACUUCGACAUAAAUUAAAUGAUUUUCAUAUAAAUACAAAUUGGACAGACUUUUUAAAUAAUAUGGCUAUGAAACGAUGGCAAUUAGUAACAACGGUCGAAUUACCACGAACAAUUCGCAAUGAUGGAAAUAAAUUCAUUUUUAAAUUACUAUUAUUUUUUCAACGAAAAAUAGUAGAAUAA